AUGCAGUCUACGCAGGCCAUUCUCAAGCAAUAUUUUGGGUUCUCUUCAUUUCGGCCAUACCAGGAGGAAGUGAUUGAGAAAAUCAUAGCUGGAAGGGACUCUUUGAUUGUCAUGGCCACUGGAAGUGGCAAGUCUUUGUGUUAUCAAGUGCCUCCUUUGGUUGUUGGGAAGACUGGUGUGGUUGUCAGCCCUCUUAUAUCCUUAAUGCAAGAUCAGGUGAUGUCUUUGAAACAAAGAGGGAUCAGAGCUGAAUAUAUGGGUAGUAGUCAAACUGAUAGCACUGUCCAGAGCCGAGCCGAGAGUGGUCAGUUUGAUAUCUUGUACAUGACCCCUGAAAAGGCAUGUGUGAUUCCUGUCAGCUUCUGGUCAAAAUUACUAAGGGCUGGGAUCUGCUUGUUUGCUGUUGAUGAAGCACACUGCAUAUCAGAAUGGGGCCAUGAUUUCAGGGUAGAAUACAAGCAAUUGGACAAAUUACGUGGCAUUCUUGUUGGUGUGCCGUUUAUUGGCUUAACCGCAACUGCUACUGAAAAGGUUCGAAUGGACAUUGUUAAUUCCUUGAAGUUGGAAAACCCAUAUGUCAAAAUAGGCUCAUUUGAUCGUGGAAAUCUGUUCUAUGGUGUCAAGUUAUUCAAUCGGACUCAAUCAUUUGUUCAUGACCUGGUUCAAGAAGUUUCCAAAUUUGUACGCACAGAUGGUUCAACUAUAAUUUACUGCACGACAAUUAAAGACGUUGAUCAGGUAUUCAAUUCCCUGAAGGAGGUGGGCAUUAAGGCUGGAAUCUACCAUGGUCAAAUGGAUAAUAAAGCUCGUGCAGAAUCCCAUAGAUUAUUCAUAAGAGAUGAACUUGAUGUCAUGGUUGCUACUAUUGCUUUUGGCAUGGGUAUUGAUAAGCCAAACAUAAGACAAGUAAUCCACUAUGGCUGCCCAAAGAGUUUGGAAUCUUAUUACCAGGAAAGUGGACGAUGUGGUAGAGAUGGUAUGGCUUCUGUCUGCUGGCUCUAUUACACAAGAAGCGACUUCGCUAAAGCUGACUUUUAUGCUGGAGAGUGUCAAACAGAAAGUCAACGAAGAGCUGUUGUAGAGUCAUUGAUGGCAGCACAACAAUAUUGCUUAUCAACAACUUGCAGAAGGAAGUUCUUGCUUGGUCACUUUGGGGAAAUCUUUCCAUCUGAUAGAUGUGGUAAUUGUGAUAAUUGUAUUUCCUCAAAGGAGAGGGACAUGUCUAGAGAAGCAUUUCUUCUAAUGGCUUGCAUUCAAUCAUGUCGGGGUAAAUGGGGUCUGAAUAUGCCUGUAGAUAUUCUUCGUGGCUCUAGGGCCAAAAAGAUUCUUGAUGCCCAAUAUGACAAGCUUCCGCUGCAUGGACUUGGGAAAGACUAUUCAGCAAAUUGGUGGAAAGCACUCGCUUACCAAUUAAUCUCUUCUGGUUAUUUGAUGGAGAUGGUAUCUGAUAUAUACAGAACUGUAAGCGUCAGUCGGAAAGGGGAGCAAUUUCUAAGUUCUGCUGGACCUGAUCAUCAACCGCCUCUGGUGUUGCCAGUGACCAGUGAAAUGGUAGAUGAUGAGGACAAUAAAAGUACAUCAGGUGAAGUCGGAGAAAUUAAAGGUUUGUCUACUUUGGAAUGCGAAGGAUUUUCAGAGGCUGAGAAGCAACUGUAUCAUUCACUUCUUGAAGAGAGAAGGAAGCUUGCAAGAAGCCUAGGAACUGCACCAUAUGCCAUUUGUGGUGAUCAAGCCAUCAAAAAAAUUGCUUUAACAAGACCAUCAACCAGAGCAAGGUUAGCUAACAUCGAUGGCGUUAACCAGCACCUUGUAGUGGCACACGGUAAUCAUUUUCUCCAGAUCAUUCGGCAUCUAUCACAAGGACUAAAUCUUUCGUUGGAUGGAGAGGCACCUGUAGAAACUGCUGUUACGAAAAAAGUAUAUCCAGUACCUAACCACCAUCAGAGAAAGUUAACACCGGCAAAGUUUGAAGCUUGGAGAAUGUGGCAUGAAGAUGGCCUCUCAAUUCAGAAAAUUGCUAAUUUCCCUGGUAGAGCUGCUCCUAUUAAAGAGCAGACUGUUCAAGAAUAUCUGAUGGAAGCUGCUCAAGAAGGAUUUGCAAUUGAUUGGGUCAGAUUACGCAAUGAGGUUGGACUAACACAAAAAAUUAUGUCAGAUAUUCAGUGUGCCAUUUCAAAGGUUGGCUCUAGAGAAAAGUUAAAGCCUAUCAAAGACGAAUUACCAGAAGAUGUAAGUUAUGCACACAUCAAGACUUUCUUGACAAUGGAAAAGUGUGGGAUCUCGCUGGAUGGGACUCCACCUAAUUACCACAAUGCAGGAAAAGCCGAUCAACUUGUCAACAAGGAAACUGAAAUGUCACCGAGUUCUAUUCAUACAUCCCCCAUGGAAGAACCUCAUGAAGUGAAAACCUCAGGCCGAGAUUCAGAUGCUUACAGUUUGGAUAAAAAUACAGAAGCAGCUUCCCUUCCCUUCAAUGGAGAACAAGGUUUAAAGCUACCUGAAGUACAUUUUGAGGACUUGCUCUCAAAGAAACGUCAAAAGCUUGGUAGUCCCAAGGAGGAAAGUAAAACUACACUGAAGGCAACCGAGAAAUCCAUAUUGGACUGGCUUAAUACCAAAAAAGGAGUUACUCUCUCCGAGAUUUUGGAGCACUUCAAUGGAUCUGAAAAAGAAUCUGUCAUUGAACUCCUCACUAGCCUUGAAAGUGAAUUUGAGAUAUACAGAAAGAACAAUAUGUAUUUGGUUCUGUAA